UGCAACAUGGAAAAAUGGGACUGAUUGCUGCUCAUCAUGGCAUGGUGUCGCGUGUGUCAGAGUCUCUGGUCACGUGAUUGGUCUCAACCUUGGCUUUUAACGCCUUACUGGUAAAUUACAUCCUAACAAUACCCUUUUCCAUCUUGUUCAUCUCCAAACACUAAACCUUGCAUCCAAUAAUUUCUCCGCUUCUCGUUUUCAUUCUAAGUUUGGUGGUUUUUUGAGUCUUACACAUCUUGACUUGUCUCAUAGUUUUCUUUAAAGGUGAAAUUCCAACUCAAAUCUCACACUUAUCCAAAUUACAAUGAUGAAUUAGUUUGGAAAGAGACGACCUUGAAGAGAUUUGUUCAAAAUGCAACAAAUUUGAGGGAGAUGUUUUUGGAUAAUACAAAUAUAUAUGUCUUCAAUAAGACCAAACUCUUCAACCAAUCUUCCUCUUUGGUUACUCUUAAUCUUGCAGAGACAGGAUUAAGUGGAAAACUGAAAAGAAGCCUACUUUGUUUACCAAGCAUGGAAGAGCUAGAUAUGUCAUUUAAUGAAUUUGAAGGCCAACAUCCAGAAUUGAGUUGCAGCAAUACUACUUCUCUUAGAAUCUUAGAUCUGUCAGGUUGUCAAUUCCAAGGGAAAAUUCCUAUUUCUUUUACUAACUUCACAUAUCUUACAUCUCUAUCUCUAUCUCUCUCAAAUAACAACCUAAAUGGUUCAAUCCCAUCCUCACUUUCAAACCUUCAACAACUCAUUCACUUGGAUCUUUCUUCCAAUUCAUUUAGUGUGGUUGGUGACCUCUCUGAGUCAAUUUGCAAUUUGAGUUCACUUAAACUACUCAACUUGGCACACAAUCAAUUGACAGACAUCAUUCCACAAUGUCUUGCUAAUUCAUCAAUCCUUCAAGUUUUGGAUUUGCAAAUGAAUAGAUUUUAUGGAACUUUGCCAAGUAACUUUUCAGAGGACUGUGUGCUUCAGACUCUAAAUCUCCAUGGCAACCAAUUAGAAGGAAAUAACUUUAGCUGUCCGCUACCAAAAGCAUUUUUAAAAAAAUUUGAAGCCAUGAAGAAAGUUACUGAAUUGGAAUACAUGACAAAUCGUAUAAGAGUGCCAUAUCCUUCGGUAUCCUACACCUCAUUUCUCUUGCCACAUAUUGGAAAAAUUACAUGGUACUAUGAUUCUGUGAUUGUGUCGACAAAAGGGAGCAAAAUGACAUUGGUGAAAAUUCCAAACAUUUUUGUAAUUAUUGAUUUGUCAAAAAACAAAUUUGAGGGAGAGAUUCCAAAUGCUAUUGGAGACCUCCAUGCACUCAAAGGGCUUAACCUUUCCCAUAACAGACUCACCGGUCAUAUUCCCAAAUCCAUGGGAAACUUGUCAAACUUGGAAUCAUUGGAUCUCUCGUCAAAUAUGCUUACCGGUAUGAUCCCUGCAGAAUUAACCAAUUUAGACUUUCUUCAAGUCUUGAAUCUUUCCAAUAACCAUCUAGUGGGAAAAAUACCUCAAGAGCCGCACUUCGAUACAUUUCCAAAUGAUUCCUACAAAGGAAACUUGGGUUUAUGUGGAUUUCCGUUGUCAAAGAUUUGUGGACCUGAACAUCAUUCUCCAAUUUCAGCCAACAACAGCUUUUGCAGUGAAGAGAAAUUUGGAUUUGGAUGGAAAGCAGUGGCAAUUGGAUAUGGAUGUGGAUUUGUGAUUGGAAUAGGCAUUGGAUAUUUUAUGUUUUUAAUUGGAAAGCCUAGAUGGAUUGUGAUGAUAUUUGGUGGUCAGCCUAAGAGAAGAGUGAAAAGAAGAACAAGAAUGAGAAGGAACCAUGGUACAACCAUGAAUCAGAAUCAGAAUCAGAAUCAGAUGGUGCAAAUGUCAUAGUUUUAUUGUUGUUGUUAUUUUCUCUAUUGUGUGUUAGUUUUUUACUUUCUUCUUAAAAUAAGUUUGUAUUUGAAUGUAUUAUGUUUACAUGUGCAUGCCACAAGAUGUGUUAUAUAAUAAAAUUCCAAGUUUAUA